AUGCCUACUGUUAUAUUGAAGGACCAAAAUUAAUGUUCACAAGUGUUUUUUUUUUUAAAUAACGACGAUAUAUUGAUUUAAACUGCAAAUUUUAUCUGCAAAAUCGGGCUGGAAUCCUGAAUGAUAAUGAAGAUAUAGCCCCGCCCGGGAAAACGUAUGUUAAAGUAGUAAUUCAGGGGGGUUCUGGAUUAUAUUCGUUUAAAUUUUACGCCGCGAUGGUUUGACAAACACGUGUGAAAGAAAUGGUUAUAUUUUGGUUUUCCUGAAAAUUUAUUUGGUAAGGUUAAGUUAUUGUGUGUAAAUAUAGACUAGUGCUUAGUAUUUUAGUUAGUAGAAAAUAAAAUACCCAAUAGAUUGGGGUGUAAAUUGGCAAAACAAAAUGAACUAGCUAGGCGCCGUUUAAAAAUACAAUCGAUAAUGAACAGAUUGAUUAUAUUGCAUGAUUACCUGCAAUUAUUCUGGAAUAUAUUCAGAAGGUAGAUAAUACUAGAUUAUAAAGAUAUUACAGUAAUAUAAUUUUUUAGAGACACUGACAGUGAAAGGUUUAUGCAUGUAGAUUACAAUCAGUCUCUUUAAGUCUUUAUAGUCUUAAGAAUUAAUGUAUCGAUCAAUUCGAAACUUCACCAUCACCCCCCCCGGGCAUACCCCGGGAAUUUGACUUCAAGUCUUCUCCAGGGAGUAGGGAAUUUGACGUUCUAGGUCUUCCAUGUGGUGGGGCAUUUGAUAUUAAAUGGGGUGGGGAAUUUGAACCGGAAGUCUUAAAAUUUUGCCUGUUUUCGCGUGCUUCCUGCAUGCACAGAAAAUACUUCGCAUUGGCGGCAAAUACAGUUUUCUCAGAUUUCGAGGGAAACGGCCUCAAUUUUGGGAAAAACUGGCUCAAAGAAACGGGCAUGGAAAAUCUAUGUGCUUCAUUUGAAGAUAUGUACUACAUAAUUGUGUAAAACUGUUAAAUUUCCACAAAGUAUCCAAACUUUUUAUGUGAAUUUCGCUAUCUUGUCGAAAAACAUUUCCGUAUAUUUUGUACUUUUCGUGUUUACUGUUUCAUAAUUUUCAUAUGAAGGUGGGGCAUUUGAACGCUUAAUUUCUUGUUACAGUGGGACAUUUGAAGACAUUUUUUGCACAGGGGGUGGAGAAUUUGAUCAGUCAAAUUUCAAAAAGUUCAAAUUCCCGGGGUCGGCCCGGGGGGGGGGUGAUGGUGAAGUUUCGAAUUGAUCGAUACAUAAAAACAAUAAAAUGGUUGAGCGUAGACGUAUACUUCGAUCUGUAAUUGUAAACCGUAUAGUUGUCUGUAAUCACUGUAUUUUAUAUCUACCCGUUGAAGGCUGCAGUCUGGCAACCGAAAGCUCGUGAAUAAAAAAUUUUCAACCAGAGAACGUCUCAAAAAUCAUUAUAAUAAAAUGGUAGUUUAUACGUUGGUAUAUCGAAAUUAUACAAUGAAAGAUAAUAAAAUUAUUUUGUCAAGCUGACAUGGCCACUGUGAUGUAUGUCACAGAAUGGAGACCUUAGUUACAUAAGGCCAACUUCUUGGUUUUGCCUUUGGUAUAACCAUUGCAAUACUGUUGCCAUGUCCGUAGCCAGUGCACUUACAAGAGGUGUUUACCCCCCUGAAAAAUAUUUAAAAUGGUAGACAUUCAGGGUGUGAAUGCCUCUCAUAAGCACACUGGCGAGAAAUAUGGUGUGUGCAUUUUAAUGACGAAUCAUGGCAUGACAGCAGUUAAAAAUGGCGAUCCUUUCGUCUUUUAAUACAAUGUCACCUACCAUGUUUAGAAAUUAUGAAUUCCAUGAAAAAAGAGGCAAAUGCCGACCCAGAUUAUGAAAAUAUACAGCCUGAGGAAAGCGUCAGUGAAGUUAACGAAAGCUUGCAACGUGAAGAUGCAAGAGACCAAGCCAUCCACAAAAUGCAAAACAUCAUUCACAAACAGUUCUCAUUUGAAAUCAACCUUAAGGAAAAAGAAGUCUCCACACUCAACCAUAGAGUUCACGAAUGUCGGGCAAGCUUGGACCGCCUCAGGGCUUGCGUUCUUGCAGGGUAUUAUGGGUACGGGACCUCACCUGCGCCUGUACAACAGACAGGUGUGAAAACAGCAAAAACUCGGACUAGUUUAAAAGAGACAAAUUUGCACGAUAUUAUGAAUUGGAAGCGUUCGUUACCAUCAAAUUUGAAAGAGCAAGAGCCUGAUCAGAAUUUGUCUCGUCAAAACCAAACUAACGAAAAUCUCACUGGGACAAAUGCUAGCCAAAGUAAAAUUAGCGAAGUUGAUUUGCCAAAUUUGUUUGGACCAGACAAAACUGAUUCGUUAACUGGUAACGAGUCAAGAUUUUACGUCAAGAGGAAAAUAAUCAUUGGCAACACAUCCAAGUUUAUUUUACCUGAACAACGGGAGAGGAAUGAUAGGUCUACGCACAAAUGGAUGGUCUAUGUCCGUGGACCCAAAGAUGACGGUGAACUACAAAAUUUUAUAAGUAAAGUAUGGUUUCUGCUGCACCCAAGUUAUAAACCUAACGACCUUGUCGAAGUUUGCAAGCCACCGUUUCAGGUAACAAGACGCGGUUGGGGUGAGUUUCCCGUCUGGGUGCAACUCCAUUUUCUCGAGAACAAGAACAAACGAGUUGACAUUAUCCAUCAUUUGAAGCUGGAUAAGACCUCUACGGGUUUGCAAACGCUUGGGGCUGAAACGCAUGUUGAAAUUGAGCUGGAUCGUAAGAAUUUUGAUGGUUUAAGCUCAUGUCAACCUCAUGAUUCAAGCAGGAGGAAUGUGGCCGCUAGUGCUAAAGAUCUUGUCUCGAAUCCUUGUUCAGAAAGGGAGAAUAUGGCACCGGUUAGUUCUCAGAGUUUCGAUCUGGCUUUGGGACACCAUGGGAUGGCGAUGGAUUGUGAUGGCUCGACAGUAGAUCAGAAAGGAUCAAAGUGGGAUAAAUAUGGAUCAGAACAUGGCAUACUUAAUGAUCAUUCUUAUAGCACUGUUGCUACCGAGAAGCCAUCUCAUCAGGAUGACAUGAAAUAUCCCACACCACCUACCGCCAUGCUUGGCACAAGGUGUUCAUCACCAAAGAGGGAUGCUACUCUCCCAGAAUCAUUUUCUGUUGAAUCUGAUUUUGAGCAGGAAUUGUCGCUGCAGAAAUGUGUUAAGUUGUUCCCUGUUGUAAGGGCUGAGAAAUGUUCCAAUAAACCCGGCUAUUGUGCAAGCAGCUUAGAGCAGUUUCUUGGUUGGAAUCUCGGGAAGCGUUUGGCAGGAGAAUGGCAGCGAGCUUUGGCCAUGAAGGCACACAUUAAGAAUGAGAGGGCUCUGAAAUCACGUAUUGAGAAAGAGUACAAAGCAUUGGCAGUGAAGGCAAAUAUCAAGAAAGAGAGCCAUCCUUUGUCAAUGCAUUUCCACAAAGAAAGUUUGUUGCUAUCAACCAAAGACGUGAUGAACUACUGCCGUAUGCAUGGGUACACUCCAAUGUUGAAGAGCUCUACAGAAGGAAGCAUUUUGUGCAAAUUUUGUGGAGAAGAAAUGAAUGAAACCGAUGUUGAUGAAAAUGACCAACCCCUGCUAGCUCACGAGGAAUGUGUUUCAGAAUUUGAGGAGGACGAUGUUUCGGGAACUUACAUCACUGCUGAAGAAUUCUUAGAAACUUUGAGCAAAUCAGAAUGCAUUUCUAGGAAACAUGAUAAAAGCCCGGAUGAUAAUGGAGUUGUAGAUGUGGUGGGGGUAACCGAUAAAGGGUUAACCAAAGAUCCAUCAAAGCCAAGGUUAUUCUUCCUUCCGGUUACAGCAGAGCACGAAUGGGUUAAAGAGAUUGCAAGUGAAGUUGAUGUCACAUUAACAAACUGUGACAUUGAUGGUGUCCAUGCUCCUGUCACCUGCGCAAUGCUGUAUAAAGCGUGCACAAUGUUUGUUGAGGACAUAGUCCGGAAAGCUAACAGGUUUACAUGGAAGUCGACAUCAAGAAUUUCAAAGGCAAAAUGUAUUUUGCCAUAUCAUGUGAAGCAAGCACUUGAAGUUAUACCUCAUUGUGAUUUUCUGACAAACAAGUAUCUUAAAGUCGAGAUUGACACUACUGAAGACUGAGUUAAUGUACACUACUGAAGAUUGAGUUAGAACAAUAGAUCGACAACAUGGGCUGCUUUUAUGGAAGCAAGAUGAAAUUUUGUGAGACAUAUUAACACACAUAUAUAAACUCCUAAAAGUAUAAUUACAGCCAAGCAGUUUUGGUACAUAGUUAUAACAAUAUAAACGUUAGUAAUUACAGAAAUAAAUUAUGCUAUCAAGUUACAAUUAUUUUGUACAGUUCUGAAUGCAUUGAUAAUGAUAAUGAAUUACAUUUAUAUAGCGCAUUUUUCAUAUGGAUACGUUCAAGUGCGCUUCUUACAACAGUAGAUAAUAUCUCUCCUCCGCAGAGGCUUUAGUUGGUUACGAUUAGUAUUGAGAUGGACACGUGCGCUCCUUCGCUCAGCGGCUCUGCUCGUGUUCCGAGAUCCGCCAUGUAAAGUGUAGUGAAAUGUAUCUCAAUACUAAUCGUAAUCAUGGCCAACAGAAGCCUCUGCCGAGGAGAGAGAGAUAAUAUACAAAUUAUAAAUGUUAGAUAGAUUGUACUUCGCUACAAAUGUAGCCAUUGGGCGUGGUUCAUACAUUAUGACUGAGUAGACUGACCGUAUUAAAAAUGGGUUUCACUAAGCACUGUUGUGCAGCAGAUAGUGGCAGGGCAGUACGCAGAGGGGUGGGGGGUGGCAGCAGGGGCAACCGCCCCCUAAAGAAAAUUUAAUUGAUUUUAUAAUGCUAUUAUAAAUUAUUAAGCCAAAUGGUGCUUAUAAUCUUGUGAAUCAGAAUGUAUGAUUCUGUAUGGGACAGCCAUAACAUGUAUCUAACUGACAUUUGAGUAUUACUGCCCCCUGGUGAAAAAAUCCUGCGUACGACCCUGGAUGGUGGUCAAACCAUGCAAACUGCAAAGAUCGAUUGCGAGAUGUAAUUUAUUUUUCUUCUGUAAGUGUGUUAAGAUUUCUGAACUUGACGACCAUCUACCGCCCCUGUAAUACCAAUCUUCUAUUACAAUGUUCAUUUAGUAUAUCAUUGCUAAGCUUCCACGGUUCGGCGUCUGUCUCGCUGCAAGAUUGAAGGAAUCUCGCAUACUUUUAAUAUCUUGUUGGGACAUAUUAUUGCUCAUUAGCCACAGGUUUGUAAUUUUACAAUUCUUGUUUUUCAGCGCAUCACAAAGAUGUUCCACGCCCAUUUUGCCAAUUUCGUUACAAGACAGAUCUAGCACAGUAAGUUUACAGUUUUCAUUCUUUAAAGCAUCGCAUAUGAACUUUACGCCGCUAUCUUUGAUUUUAUUAUUACCAAGAGAUAAGUUUACUAGUUUACAGAUAUUCUCUUCUAUGAGACCAUGGUAUAGACAUUCAACCCCUAGGUCCGUUAGUUCAUUACCAGAGACGUCCAAUUUGGUAAGCGUGCAGUUUUUACUCAUCAGAACGUCCCGUAAUGGUUCAACAUCAUGAGCUUUCAAGCUAUUUCGUUGAAGGCCGAGACUAGUCAGUCGACAUUUCCCUACGUGUAAUACCUCACAUAGGCUCUUGACUCCAUCGUAGUUUAUGUUAUUACCACUGAGGCACAAAUCAAGAAGUUUACAAUUCUGAUUUUGCAAUGCAUCGCAGAGUACAGCAACUCCUUCAUUACCUAUCAGACUUCCGCACAAAUUUAGUUUAGUGAUGUUGCAAUUAUCGUGCGAUAAUGCCGUGCACAAGGCUUUGGCACCUUCAACCAAUAUUUUAUUACUUCUAAGAUUUAAAUCGGUAAGGUUUAAUUUUUUAUCUGUAAUUGCCUCGCAUAGACUUGCCACUCCCUUCGCGGUUAUAUGGUUAAUCUCGAGAAUCAAAUGAGUUAAUCUACGAUUCUUCGUGUCAAGGUUAUCACAUAUGAUUUUCAUUCCUUUAUCGCUUACAUUAACUCGAGUUAAAUUUAAAAUGGUGAGGCCAACUUUAUCGUUAAGUAGCUUUGCAAGGCCAAAGCAGCCGAGAUCAGAAAUUUGGUUGUUCGAGAUGUUAAGUUUGGUUAAAUUUUUAACGUAGAUUAAAAAUUGAAAUAGUGCUAUGCAAUCAAUUGACGCGAUAUUUAAUCCAUUUAAGUAACAAACACUGUUCCCUCUUCCAUCCAGCUCGCUUGCGCAUAAUUUCACGAUGUCGUCAUCUUGCAUUUCAUGUAAGCAUUUGAUAACAAGUAGAGCAGCCCUUUUAGCAUUCUUGUCUGCGUUCGAAGCGGUUAAGGGCCGAAUCCAUUGCAGGAAACUACAUGAAGAAAGCAAAAUUAAUCAUUUGUCAGAACAUAGACAAUAGAAUAAGAAGGUUAGAAAACUCAAUGCAGACAUACAGUAAAAGACCUCUUUAUCUAUGUUUUUCUCUUGGUUUAUGCAAGAAAUGGUCGGUUCAUCGUCACGUGUGUAUUGUAUUUUCGGCCAACCAACCAAUAGCGGUGUGUUGCUUUAAUUACUCAGUCGUGAUAUUACACAAUGGUUAAAUGAAAACAUAGCUAUUGGUCGCCUUAGCAAAAAUACAAUACACACGUGACGAUGAACCGGCCAUUUCUUGCAUAAAAACCACGAAAAAACAUAGUCAACACAGGUAAUUAGCCAUUCCGAAGUUGAUGAGUGGGCUGAGGCGAGUGUUAAAAAGUGCUCAAAUUAAGAAAUGAACCAAAUCACUAAAAGGACCACCUCAAAAUUAGUAAGUAUACAAAGUUUGAAGACGUUUACAUGAAUAUCCUUCAAUAUCAUAAAUAUAAGCUUUCGAAAAUCGUGAUUUUUACUUUGAAAUGUAUUGUAAUUUUUUGUUUUUUUAAUCCGCAGUAAUUUCACAAUUUUCGAAAGCUUAUUAUUUGAAGGGUAUUCAUGUAAACGUCUUCAAACUUUGUAUAUACUUACUAAUUUUGAGGUGGUCUUUUUAGUGAUUUGGUUCAUUUCUUAAUUUGGGCACUUUUAACACUCGCCCCCAGUCCUCUCAUCAACUUCGGAAUGGCUAAUGAGAUCUACUAUGUCUGCAUCGAGUUUCCUAAACUAUGGUCAGAAUUUAUCUUCUUUUAGUGCAUUAUAAAUAUACUGGCACACUAUCACAAAUGUUGUUAUCUUUUUGGAUGUACCACCUUAAACGAGAAAGCUUCCAGAUCCCAGAAACGCGAAAUCUGAUAAGAUAGCUCGUUCGCAGAGUUUCUUUGAAGGAAGCUCUCUGAUUCUAAGCAUUCUAAUCCUGAGCUCCAAAAUUAUUGUGGGUCAGUUCCGGAUACUAACUCGAAAAACAUACCUUCUACAGAUGCUUUCCUUGGGCACAUCAAUGCUCUUCUUUCUCAUUUUCUCUCCCAGCAAACCAGCAACAAAUUGAACAACAAGAUGCCAGUUAGGUUUCUCCAGGUAAUCCUUAAGAGAACUCAGAAAUAGUCUCACAUCACAAAUAUCUUUCAUUUCGUCAACAAUAUGACCAGCAGCAAGAAAUUCUUGCAUGGUCAUAUGGGAAAAAGUAUAAUACUCCUCUGGCAAUCGGGCAAGCAAACCACAGCUUACAAUCUGUUGGGAAAUAUCUUCAGCUUCUAUUUGAAAGCUUGUUUCCCUGGAUUCCAAUUUAGACUUAGCUAACCUUUUUAAGGUUUUCAUAAAAUUUUCAGGUGACUGUGGUAAGUAUUGAAUUAAGUAGCUUCCUUUGCUAAAUAUACCCUUGAAUUUUCCAAAGUAUAACUGUUUCCAGAUAAUAACUCUUAUAGCUCUCUGGUAUAAUUCAGUCAAUGUUUUUGGGACGAAUUUUGCGAUGUCGUUCUCAGUCUUCGACUUGUCGAAGCAUUCUUUUAAAGUUGAGCAAACGAGGUCACAGGUCGCAGGAAUAUAGCAUAAACUCAAAAACUCAGGAUUGUUUUCAAUCGUCUUCCAUAUCUUAUCACAGUUAUCAGCCACGUCCGUUGUUUCCGAUUGACAAAACGUCGUCACGUAAUCUUCAAUUGCACGUUCAGUGAAGCCCAGCAGCUCAAGCCGUGUAUGGAACUGUAUCUUAAAGACAUUGCGAAUCCUUUCUGCUGUGUCGUGUCGCGAUGUUGUUAUUAUUGUAGCACCGGGUAGAAAUUGAUCUUUGAGCAGUUUUAGAUAAAUUGUGAAAAUUGACAUCGCCUCUUGGUAAUCAUUCAUCAUAUCUUCAUCUAACUCUUUCAAACAACUGUCAUAAUCAUGUUCAAUAUCCUCCAAACCAUCAAAAAUUAAAACAGUUUUCUUGGGAUUGGCUAAAAUAAACUUAUAAAGCUCUUCGAAAUUCGAACCGGAUGGUAUUCCAUUUCCUUGCCGUAACAGUUUUUUCAGAGUUGUUAGUUUAUUUUUUCUAAAGCUUCGAAAUGCGAGAAAGAUUACAACUUUGUCUUCUAAGAAUGCGCAUUUAGCCCAUCUGUAUAAGAUAGCUUUGGUGGCCGUGGUUUUGCCAAUUCCUGCACGGCCUGUGAUGAGAAUUUUGUCACAAAUUCGGAGAAUCUUGGUGUUGACGUUGGUGGUGGUAUUACUGGUAUUACUAGCGUUGCGACCAAUAACGAUCUGAACAUUAUCUGUUGGAAACAAAGAAACCAAACGGUUCUUUACCGAAGCAGGAUCUUGUUUCAAAUACAGGCUAUAAAUCUCGUGCCUUUGUAGCCAUUUGCUUUCAAUUUCUUCGUGAACCAAAAAGCGGAAAUCGCCCAGCCCGUUUCUAUCAGUCGCUAAAUAGACAUAAUGCAUGUGUUCAUUCUUCCUAAUUGUCUUUCGAAUUCGUUUUAAAAUCUGUCGAAUUGUCAAGUUUCGUUUUUCGAGGAUAUACAUGCAGCAGAAUUCAAUAUCACUUGCAAAAUCAAAAUCCUCGCGAAACCGGUAUAAAAGAUGAGCAAUCUCUAUAAUGGCGAGGACACCUAUGAUGCAAUCUGCACCCAAAACUGAUGUUGCCAAAGUUUCAAAUUUUUCUCCUAGUGGAUUAACACAUUCUACGGUGGUGAUGUCAGAUUGAGCAAUGUGAUUCGUUGCUGUUGUUUCUGCAGUUGUUUCACGAGGGAGCCAUGAGCACUUGAAUUGUACUGGGAAGCAAGCUGGGUGAAUUAAAAGCAUAAACAAAAUUACAGGCAUCACACGACCGAGGAAUAAAUGUAGAAUAUACAAAGGAAACACGAAUAUUCUUGCUUCUCUGGCACUUUCUUCUUGCCAAGAUUCUUGAGUAGACUCGUCCAUAUGUUGACCUGUUUUAGAUUCAAAUUUCUCAACCUUGGAAUUCACAACGCCAACGUAAGCGACAGAGAUCGCCAGUAUAAGACCAAAAUUUAUGACCACAAACCUGCUAACUGGCACCGAAGGAUGGUGUUUCUUUUCAUAUUUCAUAUAACAUGUCGUCUCGACAUAGUUCUUUGCCACUAAAUCUGCUGCGAUAGUCUUGUUAGGAUUGCAUCGAAAAUUCGCUUUCUCGUUUAAAUCGUAUCCAACUCCGAUCAAAAUCGCAGCACAGAGAAAGAUCACUGCCAAAAUGAUGCGACCGUAUUUAUUAUAAGUUUUAGACGAUAAAGGAAUAAACGGCUGCCAGGACUCCAUCUUAAACGAUUGAAAUGGUAUAACAGGACACAAGGUUUAAAGUUAUGUGUAUUCUCUUGUAUUAACUUGUACUAAUGAUACCGUAUAUAAUAAGAUAACUGUCUAGAUACUUGUGCAACCACUCAUAACCGGAAUUACACCACCUUGACUAUGCAAAUUUUGAAUAGUAAAUAUCCCCUCCUGCUGGUAACGUAAUCAUAUGCACAUGUACUGAUGAAAAAUCCGCGACCUUUGCCCGUUUCGAACGUCUCAACACACGUAUCGCAUUCCACGCAUAACGUGUUACUAUUUUGCUCUAUUUCAUUCGGAAACGAUACCUCGCUUCAUUUUCAUUAUUAUAAUAUUUAUUAUGAUAAUAAAUUGUAUGAAUAUGUAUACAGCUAAUUCAAAAAAGGUUUUCCUUUGCAAACCUUUUAAACUCUAAGCCAAACACAAACAAUAUGAAAAAGAGUUUCAUGUAUGAUGGAGCUUCCAUAUGGAACUCUCUUCCAAAAAAUAUAAGAGAAAGUAAUUCGCUCUCAAGUUUUAAAAGAAAAAUCGCUACCUAUAGCUUAUAAAGAAAACCACAUCAUUGUAAAUAGCAAACUUUUUGUAUAUAUUUUAAUAAUUUUAUAUUCUGCAUGUUAAUACUUCAUUAUUUUACUUGUAACAAUUUGUUAAUGUUUUUUACACGCCCAUUGUGGAAACCAGCUUCUGCUGACAAUGUUAAUAGCGUGGUUAAAUAAAGUUUAUCAUCAUCAUCAUCAUCAAGCGUGCAAAGCAUGAUGGGAGCAUCAUUCAAUCAGUUGAGAAAUCAUAUAUGGGGUAUGAGAACAAUUCAUUCCCAAAUAGCUGCAAUAUUCAACUACCAACCUUAAAACGUAUGCUCCCAUUAAGCUUUGCGCGCUUAGUUUUAAGUGCAAGUUUUAAGGUUUAGAGUUUAUGGUUUGCAAGUGACAAAUUCGAAUAUGUAACAUUACAUAAUCUCUGAAUAGAUAGCAAUGCAAAUUGUCAAAAAAUAGGAACCGGUUAAGAAUACGUCAUACUACGCAACUACAGGCAGUCGUGGGGUAGUGGCAAAAGUAGCUUCAUAUUUCUCGCCUCUCGUGCUGUUUGGCAAACCAAAUACAAAGCGAAAUUUACAUUUUGACCUAUACUGACUGUAUAUAAAGAACAGAUCGAAAAGAGUUGAAGAUUCACCAUACAUCUUGCUGGCAUGAAUAACAAACUUCACUAAUUCUAAAUUGAAUUGAAAAUUUUUAAUAUUGACAUUCAAAUAUUUAUUGACUAUUUACAAUAUUUAUAUAUAAUUAUUUAUCUUUAUUAACAGUUUUGUAUAUUAUCCAUUGUGAUGUGGUCUCUGGCAAAAGCGUUCCUUUAUUUCUGCCAGCUGAACCGUGGCUGCCUUGUAGUCUGUAACAUUAUCGUCUUUGUCGAUUUUGUGCCUAUCUUCUGAUAUUCUGUCCCGAAGCAAUGGGAUGGAAUUUCUCCGAUAAGAGUUCUAUAUUACUAAUGCCCUCAUGCUUUGGUAACUGAUAAUUUUAAGAUCGAUUUGGCAUCUAAUUUUUUCCUUGUUUCACAGCACGUCCAUUUGAUGUUUGCGCAUUACUUUUUGCUUACUUGAAUUCAAGCCAGACUGGUAUUCUUGCGUCUUUCUCGUUCUUGUGAAAGCUUGGCAUCAGAAAUGCUCUUCUCUACCAUCUACCGCUUGUUCAAGAGCCGAAGAGCCUUGAAACCCCAUGAAUAGUCUACAUCACUGUCCAUCGGCCAAUAUAACUCUACUCUUCCCCAGUAUGUCAGGUCUAUGCCGCGCUGAUUUCUGAUGCGCGCGUAGUCCCGCGAGUUGCGAGUACGCGAAAUGACAGACAGUACAUUUGUAGGGUUUUUCUCCGGUAUGCAAUCUCGUAUGGUUGCGCAGCGUGGAGGACUGGGAGAAAGACUUCUUACAGUAUUUGCAUUGAAAAGGUUUUUCCAGUGUGUGGAUUCGCAUAUGCGAGCGAAGGUUGCUGCGAGAGUUGAACCCUCUACGACAUAUAGUGCAUUUUAAACGUCCGUUUUGUUCCGUUGGGAAUUCUUUCAUUUGACCGACCAUUAUACUUUCUUCAACUAGAAAAAAGAGCGAAUUGAUGAUGUUAGUUGAAGCAAAAACCUCAAGUAUAGGGCGUUGUACACUAGGAUUGUUUGCUAGCCAUGUUUCCCAAACAAAGCUGGGCAAACUAGAAAACAUUGUUUACACAUUGUUUCCUGGUCAUGUUUCCCAAAGGUGGACAAGCCAGGAAACAUUGUUUCCUAUAGCUAUAUUUCCCAAAGGUGGACAAACCAGGAAAUAUUGUUUACACAUUGCUUCCUGGUCAUGUUUCCCAAAGGUGGACAAGCCAGGAAACAUUGUUUCCUAUAGCUAUGUUUCCCAAAGGUGGGCAAACCAGGAAACAUUGUUUCCUAUACCUAUGUUUCCCAAAGGUGGGUAAACCAGGAAACGUUGUUUCUUAGCUAUGUUUUCCAAAGGUGGACAAACCAGGAAACAUUGUUUUUGCAACCAAAAAUCGCGCCUGCGUGACAAAAUAUGCUUCUGAAUUCGUUGGCAUUAAAUUUUGUUUCUGAGGAGUGGCCAAAAGCAAAACAUUCAAGGAAGCAAAUAUUUCAGCAUCAAUUCCUCUACGUUUUCCCAAGGCUUCAGACUUUCCUGGUUUGCCCAAAUUUUGGGAAACCAAAGGGUUAUCAAAACACCCUACCUUCAAAAUUCCUCCGUCUUCGAGGUCGUUCUAUGAUUGGUGGAAUUCCAGGAAUUCCGAGAAACUGAACAUAAUUUGGUCCAUACCACACCAGCAACUCUUGCUCUGGAGGGAUAUCUUUGAUAGCACGGUAAUAAAUACUGUUCCCGUAUUGAAAGAUUUCUAAGUUCUGUUCUUGUUCGUUCCUGGCGCAGUUUACAAAGCACAUCCAGUUGCGAGGUGUUUCACUUUUGCCAUCGAUAAAGUGACUCACUUCCCCAUCUUCGCUUAGGACCUGGAGAUAUACAGUUGUGUGAUUUAUUUUUAAGGAUUUUUGUUCGCGGAAUCUCGAGUGAAAGAGAUGAUCCUUACUGGACCUCAAGGGAAAACAGUUUAGAACUGAUAUAGCUAUCCAGUAUAAAUAAAGUUAGUUUUGUUUAAGUUUCCUCCUGUAGUAACACUGGAUCAGUAAGAGAUGACCCUUGCUGGAUCUCUAAAGAGAACAGUACUGAUAGAGCUAUCCAGUAUAAAUAAAGUUAGUUUAGUUUAGGUUUCCUCCUGUAAUAACACUGGAUCAAUAAGAGAUGACUCUUGCUUGACCUCUAGGUAGAACAAUUCAGGACUAAUAAAGCUAUCCAGUAUAAAUAAAGUUAGUUUAGUAUUAAGAAUCACUUACCUCCCACAUAAGGUUGUUAUCCAGUUUAAAAUCAAUCUCAUCUUUUCGUACAAUAUGUCCAGUGAAUGGUCCCAUGUGAGUCCCCUCUUUAAUCCAACAGUUGGUAAAGACACCAUGUUUAAUACCAGGGACAGAAGAAGACCCAAUACAGACUUGUUCAGGCAGAGAGACAAAUGUCAUAUAGGGUAGCGAGUCUUGGUCUUUGUAUUUUAAUCUUGUGUUUCCCGCUUCUGUUUCAGAGCUGUCCAACAAUGGUACGAGAUUGGUGGGUGAGAGACGCGAGACUUGGCCGAAGGCUUCACGAGAGACUACGAGAAAGAAGGUAGGAUUGUUUUAAUUUACUCCCAUGAUCACCCUGGGUCAGGGGGAAGACUCUAAACACAUAACUGGCAAGGAGCGUGACGAAAUUUCGUAUUUUGACUUCGUUUAAAGAAUGGUUUUUUAUGAAUUGAUAACUUAAUUAGCGAUAUGGUCCGUUAGAAAAUGGAAUGGACGACUUACGCUUUUGAAAAAUUUUUAAUCUGGGAAUAACAAAGAAUAUUUUCUGAAAGAAGUUAUCAAAAUUAGAAAAACUGCAAAGUUUGGUUGCGAAAUGUUGUAAAAUACGGAAAAUAUAGCCCUGCGAAGUUGGCAAAUAUGUAUACAUUUCUAUUAUGUGCGGAAAUUGGUAACUAAUUUAGUUACCAAUUCACGCACGUAAUACAAAAGUAUACAAAUUUGCCAACUUUGAAGGGCUAUAUUUUCCGUAUUUUACAACAUUUCGCAACCAAACUUGGUAAUAUUACUAAUUCUAAGACGCUCUUUCUAGCUGUGGUGAUAGAUUUCGUUGUUCUUACUUAGAUUAAAAUUUAGUCUAAAGCGCAAGUCGUCCAUUAGCUGGGGGAAAUGGUAUUAAAACUGUUGACGACGUUCAUAGAAGUUCUUGCUCCAAACAGCUCACUGAGAUUGGGCCCUUACAUCUGCUAUUCAAAUUCCGCAAUUUAUUAUUGAAAAUAUAUUGUUUAUAGAUGAUGACAAAGUAUAAUAACCAUAAACAAUUAUUUGUUGCCGUAUCGGGCGUGAAAAUCUCGAAAACAAGCACGUGAUUAACAAAUGAUUUUUCUUUGUUUUCCACAAUCUUUAAACAAAAUUUCAUUAAAUCAUUUCGAAAGCUUAUCUCGUCUAAAGACAGGUGAAAUAUAUAUAACUUAAUCAUCAUUUGUUAAUUGAGGAUAUCAUGCAUGUCGACUCACACGUAGAAUGUUUUUAUAUGUUAGACAUCACAGUUCACUUACAUCAGUAUUCGAUUAACGAUAUUUCGUUCUGCUAAGUGAAUUACAAGCAAUAAAAUCAAUAUUUUUCUAGGGAAACAAAACGUGCUAACAUAUUUUAAUUUUAAUAUUUUAACCAAAAUCUGUUGUCGGUAUGCAGGGUCCAACGUAUAUUUUGUUGUACUGCGCAGAAACUGAGCUGAAUCCCCUUUCAUGAUUGGUUUAUUUGAUUUUGUGAGCACAACUAAACAUGAGUUUUCGUUUAUGCAUUUGUUCUUUGCCAUAUUUAUAAAAGUUCUCUUCACAUACGUUAUUUUUUUGAAAAGGAACGAUCGAUUUCAAUCUAUAGUAUUAUUUCUAUUUGUUCUUUCGUUCUUCACUCAUUUAGCGGUCAGUUGCUUCAAUAAAAUUUCACUCAACACAGAAACUAACACUAAUGGUGAAGUAACAUUUACACAUAUGUGAAGUUAAACACGCUAUAUACCUUGUGUAUAAACAAAUAACAUUGUUAUAAAGAGACAAAGACACUUUAAACAAAGAAAUCAGAAGGAAACAAUCUCCUUGUGCAUAUUUUAUAAAUCAAAAAUAUUUCUUAGUUAUUUUAAUACGUCUUUCAUUGUAUCUUAGUGUAAAAUUUUGAACACAUUAAUAAAGUAUUUCAGAGUGAGUUUAUAGAACGCAAAACAUUCCCAUUCAAAUUGAAUGAAUUCGUACUACGUUCAUACCGGGCACAUUCAUGAGGUCGGACGAAUUCAAGCAUACCUAAUAACUGUAUACGAAUUCCCUUGUGAACCAGUUGAAUCAGGAGAAUUUGUGUAUACGACUUUAAAUUCAUCCGUUCUCGUGUGAUACAUACUUAAAAACACACAAGUUGUUUCAGAUCUGCAAACAAGUUGCAACAAGGUUGUUGUGAAGCCGAUAUCAGGAUGUGUUCGCACUGCUUGUUCCCAGUUGUUGUGACAAGUCUGGAACAAGUUGUUAUCACUUUGUUACAAAGUUGAUGACGGUAACAGACUUGCUAUACAAGUUGUUCCAACAAGACUAAUACAGGCUGUUCAUAACAAGUUAUAGACGAGCUUGUUGUCAACAGAUAUCAGACUUGCUGGAACAACUUGUUGCGA